CUUUAGUUUUUCUUUACAGGUUUGAUCUUACUAUUUUAUCUGGUAUUUUAUGGCUUCCUAGCAGCACUCUUCACAUUCACAAUGUGGGUUAUGCUUCAGACACUGAGCAGUGAUAUUCCAAAAUACCGUGACCGAAUUGCUAGUCCAGGACUUAUGAUUUCACCAAAACCAGACACUGCACUGGAAUUUUACUUUAACAAGAGUGACUCCCAAUCAUAUGCAGAAUAUGUUUCUACACUUAGACAAUUUCUUGAAACAUAUGAUGAUUCAAAACAAGCCCAAAACAUAGACUGCACUCCAGGAAAGGUUUUUGAUCAGAAUGAGGAGGCUGUUAAAAAGGCAUGUCGAUUUAAUAUCUCUGAGCUUGGACAAUGCUCUGGAAAGGAAGAUAAGACCUUUGGCUAUUCUAGAGGAACUCCGUGUGUGCUUGUGAAAAUGAAUAGAAUAAUUGGAUUAAAGCCUGAAGGAGAACCAUAUAUACAGUGUUCACCUAAGGAAGAAGGCGCAGUGCAGAUAAAUUAUUUUCCUCAUGGAGGUUUGAUUGACUUAAUGUACUUCCCAUACUAUGGGAAAAGCUUGCAUGCUCACUAUUUACAGCCUCUAGUGGCUGUUCAACUAGCAAUUAACUCCAACAGUACCAAAGAAGAAAUAACAAUUGAGUGUAAGAUCCUGGGCUCACCUAAUUUAAAAAAUGAAGAUGACCGUGACAAGUUUCUGGGACGAAUUGCCUUCAAAGUUCAGAUGACUGAAUAGCAGGAGAGAAAAAAAAAUCUGCACAAAUGAAAAUGUUAUGUUGUUUGUUUUGUAUCAGCUGGACAUGCCAUUCUAGGAUACGAGACCACCUUGGAGGAUGUUCAGGUGGUAUAUGGCGUUGAGGGUAGCAUAAAUAAUAUGCUUCCAAAUCAUGUUUAAAAUCCCUCAAAAAAAUGCCUAUUAUGCUUCUGCCUGCCCCAUUGGAACAGUGUACAGACUAUAGUUAUGUCAUUUUAGGGAUCUGUAAAUAGCUGUUUUCAAACACAUAAUAAUGGUGAUCUUUGUCCUGUUCUAAAAUGUGGUUUUAUUCCCCGAAGUGAGUGUCUCAAGCUUAAUGUGCUGUGCUAUGUAAAUAUUGUAUUGAUUUAACACUGGUUUAACUGUCAUAUCUCAAUGCUGACACAGUUUUAGGGAUAAAUAAUAAAUGGUACCUGACUGACAUAGUGGAUAUUUUGAAAGAGUAAACACCUCCACGUAAAUUGUGUGCAUGAGAGUGGGUGGGUUGGUGGCUGGAUGUGUGGAGAUGCCUUAAAUCCUAGAUUGGGUGGGGUGGGAGAAUUAAAAUGUAUUUUAAGAUUUGGUAUGGAUUUCAGAAAGUAAGUGCUCAACUAGUACUUUCUUGUGCUUGUCACUGUGCAAGUAUUGUGUACAUGUAAUACUUGGUAUAGAGUUUGGUAUUCUAGUUGAGGAAUUGAAUCUUUUAUUGUGUUGUUAAUUGCUUGCGAUAUGUGGAGCACAAAUAAAAUUAUACAAUAUUUU